UAUUGGCUGAGAUUUAUUCUGACUUUGGAAUACAAAUAAAGGUAAUAAUAGAAACAACCUAUGGUACCUAUGACGUGUCCCUGGAUAUCUAAUCUGCAGCGUGGCUCCUCCUUGGUGUUGUCAAAAAAUAAAUCCAUCCCACAUACUGAGAGCUCAGGUGAUCAGAUAAUCCCCUCCUGAGCUCUGCGUGCUGGCGGCGAAUAGAGUCCUGCAGCAUUCCUGUGCCGGAGAGCCUUUCGUCCAGGUCUAAGGCUUUCAAUGGAGGGACUGAGGCCCAGUUCUCCUGCUCUCCGCGUGGAUCUGAACCACUCGGAGCCGCCUGGAGCUGAUGAUGAGAGCGGUGGCGCUGCAACAAGUCAACGCUCGCUGGAGUCCGGGACUCGGCCGGGCAUUAAACCGGUUCAGCUGCUAAUCAGAUCUCUGAACGAGCUGAUUGCCGGGCAGCAGGAGACGCCGUACGAGGCGAUGAAAGCCUUGCACGACUCCUACGAGAAAGAGCGAUCGAAGCUCUUCCACAUGCCUGUGUGCAGCGAGGAGCAGGAGAGGAUCAUUCAGGCCGGAAGGAGCAGGCGGCCGAGGAGCAAUGCGGCCUCAAGCUCCGGAGUUGCACCUGCGACGAAGGUCAAGGAUCACUCACCAGAGCCAGUUGUCUACGCAGAUCUUUGCUCCAAAGGAAAACCUUCUUCCUCCGUUGGCACAAAAGGAGACCCAGAGAGGAGCACGGUGAGCAGCUUCAGUCUGGGAGAUCUGAGGUACUCCCCGUCUACAGAGCGGAAACUGCAGAGGAUCACCUCCGAAAUCAGGAGGAAGACGUGCGUCACGGUGUCGGAGAGGGACCGCAAGAUAGCAGCUCUGAUGCUGGUGAGGCAUCGGGAGGAGCAGGACCGUCUGACGCUUUCCCAGCAGGAGGAACGGGAACGGCAGGAAGCCCGCAGGAAGGAGGAGGCCAGGCAGGCCCAAGCGGAGACAGAACGGAGGAGGAGGCUUAAGCAGAGGACCAAACACUGGCACAAGGAGCUGGAGGCCCGCAGGAAGCUGAGGCGGCGGCAGGAGCAGGAGAAAGCAGCACAGCUCCAGCAGGAGAUGCUGCUCCAGGAGAACCGCUGGAGGAGGCUGAGAGAGGAGGUGGAGUCGCAGCGCAGAGAGAAGCUGGAGGUCGCUCUGAAGCAGACGGAGGAGCGCAAACAGCACCAGGAGAGGCUGCUGAAGGAGAAAGCGGAGCUGGAGAAGAGGGAGUCUGAGAAGGAGAAGCGGGCGGCAGAGGAGAAGGACGAGAGGGCCUGCAGGAGCAGGGCGCUGCAGAAGAAGAGGGAGCGGAAAAGCCUGCAGGAGGAGAACCGCAGGAAGACGCUGCGACACGUCCUGCUGAAGACACAGGCGGAGCAGCAGACGGAGGAGGACGAGGCGCAGAGGAGGAGCGCGCUUGAGGAGAAGCUGCGGCGGUCCUCCGAGAAACGGGCUCGGGCGGCGGAGGCACAGCUGAGGGAGCUGCAGGAGAGAGCCGCCCGCGAGGAGGCGCAGAUCCAAAGAGCGCGACUGAGGGCCAAGGUGCAGCGCGUCCAGGAGGUGACGCACAAGGAGGCCCUGGUCCAGCAGAGCCAGCGGCGCAUGGAGAGAGCCGCCCAGAACGCAGCGGCGCUGCUGAGGAGCAGGACGGAGCGGAGACGGGACGACAGCAGACACAGACAGGUGUGCCACCGGCAGCUCAGCCAGAAGAUCCGCAGCGAGGAGGAGGCCACGAGGAGGCUCAGGGAGGACUACGUCUCCAUGAAGGAGGGGAAGAGGGAGAGGCUGCAAAGGCUGAGGGAGCAGAUUCAGGAGGAGGCGCACAGGCUGGUGCGGGCCUCCUUCCACAUGAGGGACCGGGUCAGGCAGCAGACACGCAGUCGGACCUUUGACCAGAUGGCCCUGGAGGCUCAGCUGGCCGCGUCCGUGAGCAGAAUCAAACUGUAGGACACCACAGGGGGAUUUUUCUUUUAAGGUCUUUAAUUCUUCGUAUGCAUCAUCGACAGGUGGAAGAAAAAUAAUACAUGGCUUUUAAAAUGGAAAAAAAUCUUAAAAGUGUGGGGCGUAUAUGUAGGUAAACCCUUUACUCUGCUAGAUUCCUCGAUAAAAUCAACCCUAAGUGCCUUCAGAGGUAACCUAGUGAGGAGAAUUUCACACUUCCGGCGGCGCACCCUGAGGCAGCGGCUGCGUACAGCUCCGACCAACUCUCGGCAUUU